CCUCCUCCGCCGUGCAGGGGGCGGUAGUGAGUCCACACUCAGUAGAAGAAGACAACAUGCACCAGCACCACCGAAGAAGAACGGAUCGAGGAAGCGCCGCCGCCUGACGUGACCGGAGCAGCUCAGUGUUUCAUCACCAUGGUGUUGAGGGACGUCCCAGUUGAGAACAUCACCCGUCCUCUGGGCAGGAACGAGGUCAUCGGCCUCCUCUUCCGCCUGACCAUAUUUGGAGCCGUCACCUACUUCACCAUCAAGUGGAUGGUGGACGCCAUCGACCCGACCAGGAAGCAGAAGCUGGAGGCUCAGAAACAGGCCGAGAAGCUGAUGCGUCAGAUCGGAGUGAAAAACGUGAAACUGUCCGAGUACGAGAUGAGCAUCGCCGCUCACCUGGUCGACCCGCUGAGCAUGCAGAUCACCUGGAGCGACGUUGCUGGUCUGGACGAGGUGAUCACGGAGCUGAAGGAGACGGUGAUUCUACCUGUUCAGAAGAGACACUUGUUCCACGGCUCGAGACUCCUGCAGCCCCCGAAAGGCGUGUUGCUGUACGGGCCCCCUGGCUGCGGUAAAACGCUGAUUGCCAAGGCAACGGCGAAGGAGGCGGGGUUUCGCUUCAUCAACCUGCAGCCGAGCACGCUGACGGACAAAUGGUACGGGGAGUCGCAGAAACUGGCCGCCGCCGUCUUCUCAUUGGCUGUUAAACUGCAGCCGUCAAUCAUCUUUAUCGACGAGAUAGACUCGUUCUUGCGGAGUCGCUCCAGCUCGGAUCACGAAGCCACGGCCAUGAUGAAGGCUCAGUUCAUGAGUCUGUGGGACGGACUGGACACAGACCACGACUGUCAGGUGAUCAUCAUGGGAGCCACCAACCGGCCUCAGGACCUGGACUCUGCCAUCCUGAGGAGGAUGGCCACCAGGUUCCACAUCAACCAGCCGAGUGUGGGGCAGAGAGAGCAGAUCCUCAAACUCAUCCUGGAGAACGAGAGGGUCGACUCCUCGAUCGACCUCGUCAACGUCGCCAAGGAAACGGAGGGUUUCUCAGGAAGUGACCUCAGAGAGACGUGUCGUGACGCCGCACUGCUCUGUGUCCGAGACUUCGUCCAUGCUCAAAGCGACAGCUCGUCUGACGACUUCAUCCGUCCCAUCCAUCAGUCCGAUCUUCAGAAAGCCAUCGGUAAGAUGAAGAAAUCUAAAUUAGCCGGUGGCCCGGCGGGCGCCCUGCAGCACGCCGCUCUGGACUGAUCACGUGACCGAUCACAUGACCGAAGUCAGCUGAUCGUCAACAUGGCGCUUCUGUCUGUUUUCAUUUCAGCCUGAUGUCGAGCUGCGUCAUCAGGGACGUUUGAGAAACAUUAAUUUAACGUCUACUUUGAGUUUUUACUUUGAUCCAUGUCCCAUCUGAUAACAUGGAGAGGGCGGGGCUUAUGACCUGUACUGCAGCCAGACACCAGGGGGCGAUGUGACGAUUCCACUUCAUGUCAUCAUCUUUAUUUAGAGUUUCUGAUCAAUCGUCAUGUUCAGACUUUGAGUUUGUCUGAUUUCAUUGCAUCUGUUUUGCUUUUACAACUUUUACAUUUACUGUAAAUAAAGUUUUGAGGAAACGA